AUAAAAGAUGCCUAAAUUGAGCAAAAGGGAAGAAAAGAAAAUGAAAAAUCAAAACUUUUUAAGAAAAAUAUUAGAAUUAAAGAGUGAACUUUUUGGUCAGUUUUCUACUACUAUUACCAAAGAGUCACGGAAAACAGCAUGGAUAAAUGUAAGAGAUUAUUCUGUUUCAAUAGGUCUAAUAGGAAGCGACAAAGAGUUUUGUUAUGUACGCGACGCAACUUGGCCUAUCCUAAGACAAAAAUUGACCAAUCAAAUAAAACAAGGAGGUCCCGAAUCAAAAUUAGAUGACACUCAUAAACUAGUGAUUGAAAUAAUUGGAAAGGAAUCUUCUGUUGUUGAAGGAAUUGGCGUACCCGAUUCGAUGGAAACUGUUUCCAAAGUUAAAGAGAUUACUGAGGACUUUAGUUAUUCUAUGCCCAAUGAAAACGAUGAUAAUGGCACCACAAAAAGCAAGUGCUUGCUUCAACAAAGUUCAUGUAGAGGUAAGAAAAGAGUUAUCGUUUAG